AUGGAAAAUUUCCCUCAGGUCGCUCAAGCCCUGCAGACUCUCAACGGCUCUGUGGCAGGUCUGAACGCAGCGAUACAAGGUGGAACACAAUCAGAUGCUGGACAGGUGCGUGUACAGAUGGCGGCGGAUCAAGUCAAGCAAUCCUUGAAGUAUCUGAACAACUGUAAAUCAUCAAUUGAAGAGCAUCCGGACGAGUAUCAAGACGAUGCUAAAAAAAACGCUUCUGGGCCUUGCUCUGGUCAGAUCGUAGCCAGUCUAUCUGCAUUGGCGCAAGGUAUCGAGAACGCACAUGAAUCAUUCCCCGAUAACGUUGCAUCAGAACUCAAAUCUGUUUUGGAAGAGUUUGAGAAAGUUCAAUCAUCUUGGGAGCAGCUGGCCCAGGACAAUGGUGCCAGUGCUGAUAAUCAUUAUCCUGGCCUCCUUCCUCGCCUACCCCAGCAUCUGGACGGUGCCUUUGAAAAGCUUGGUGGACGCUAG